CACAAUGAGCAAUUCCGAGAUUUCAGACGAGGAGCUGUCGGCGCCAGAAGAGGAGGAGGACUUGGGGCCCAACAUAGGCCUCUAUAUAGGUGGCCGCAACGGGAUGGGCCAGAGGCAUGGCAGAGGCUGGGCUAUUCUACCAAAUGGGGACCAGUACGAUGGAAACUACCGGAAAGGAAGGCGACACGGAAUUGGGCUGUAUGUGUUCAAGGACGGAUCACGAUACUACGGACAGUAUCGAUGCGGAAAGCGCUGUGGUCGAGGCAUCUUUAUCUAUCCGGAUGGAUCCGUGUACGAGGGCAACUGGCGCAAGCAUCUAAAGCAUGGCAAGGGCCGGUACAACUAUGUCAAUGGGGACACCUACUCCGGCGACUGGCACAAAGGCCAGCGUCAUGGUGUGGCAUUUAUACUUUAAGAGCAGCCCCGAUGCCUGCUGAUGUCCGUUAGAUUGAAGUCCACCUGGAAUAACAUACGUAUGGGACCCUUCGAGUUGUAUAUCGGCAAUGAUGACAAGUGCACCGUCCUCCAUGGAAUCUGGGAUACCCUAUAUCCGAGUGGACCUGCCGUCUUUAGCUUCAAUAAUCGGUAUAUGCUGGUGGGCUACUUCCUGCCGGCUAACUAUAACUUUAAGGCAAUCGGCGAUGACGACAAUGAGGAAACAUAUGAGCGAUAUGAUGAGGAUGAGGAUGGCAACGAUUUGGAGACACCCAUGGCGCCAACUCUAUGGUUCGCGCAGGAUAUUGCCAUUUACGACUUUGCGGUGCUGCCCCAAGAGCCGGUGCCGCUGGCUAUUUCCGAUUCCGAGCUAUCCGUCUGCUCCUUGUCCACUAUGCCGAGUGCUGAAAGCGAGGAGAAGAUUAGUUGGUACGGCGAAGGAGAGGAGGCCGAGGGCGAGGAGGGUGGCGAAAUGGAGUGCUUCCCAUGCGAGUGCGAGUACGACCUCAGCGAAGUGGAGACCGGCGAGGUAUGCAAGAUCGAUGCCAAUCCGUGCGCCAUUGAGAUCCUUAAGCAGCCCGAGUGUCCCGAGCCCUAGAGCGGGUUCUCUUCUGGCCAGUUUUCUAUCGUUUCUGUUGCUUUUACUGUUGAAGAGUCAAAUAAAUAAUAAAAAAUACAUUUAGUCCUUUAUAGUAAA